UACGGUUAACGUGUUAAUUUGUCGAUAGCUCUUUAUUCUUCAAAAACGCAAUAUAUAUGCUUAUAUAUAUUCUUGCAUUCCGAAAAGUAUUUAAAGGCUAUCGAGGUGUUAAUUAGUCCAGUGUGCAUUACAGGCAUUAACGUUGCAUAGUAGUUUUCCAGUUACAAAUUAAAGGAAAGAAUGCUGCUGCCCUCAGUGAUCACCAUAUUGUUAGUGUCAUAUACGCAAGCUUACUCGGCACUUCAGGAUGCUCAGGUUAUAGCCGAGUUUAAACGAGAAUCGGAAUUGAACCAUACCAAGAUAGUCCGUGAAUUGGUUCAUCGUGCAAAUUGGGCAUCAGUGGGCACAAUUUCUACAAAUGGCUACGUGAAAGACUAUCCCAUGGUUAAUAUUAUCUCGAUUGAUGACAAUAACGAACAAAAGGUCUCUACAGGAGUUAUUCGCUUUUUGCUAACCGAUUUGGAUUUUACGGGCAACGAUUGGCAAAGCAAUAACAAAGUGACUUUCAUGUUUACUGAUGAACAAACCUUAAAUUGCAAAAGCUAUAAUAAGGAUCCUAUGGAGCCCACUUGUGCGCGUGCUAUGCUUAGUGGACAAGUAACAAAGAUGGACAAAGAUUCACCGAAGUACAAUUCUUCACUAAGAGUGUUUAUUGAUCGUCACCCGGCAGCUGAAAAGUGGAUAGCCAGACAUCAAUUUUACCUUUGUGAACUGGAUAUUCAAAAUAUAUUUGUGCUGGACUUUUAUGGUGGACCACAUCAGGUCAAUGUCUCUGAUUACUAUGCCAUCAAUAUUUAAGCAAAGGAAGAAUUAUGUUAAAUAAUAAGUACAUAUUUCGACUGCUGUAUUUUAAUGAACAAACUUAUUAUUAUUUCUUAUUUCUUCUAUGCCAUUGAUAUUUGAGCAAUACAAGAAAAGUUUUUAAAUAAAUAAGAAAAUAUAUCAAAAUUGUUCCACAGUGACAAGAUAAUUGGAAA